CUCCAAGGAUUCUCUUUGCUAGAGAAAUCUACAUAAAUCUGCAUAAAUCUACAUUUUCGAAAAAUUUCAAAAUUUAACAAGGUUACGCAGAAAUGGCCAAACGAUGUCCUUCCGCCGAAUUGGGGAGCGCGUCCCCGGCCCAACUGCCAAAUCCGACCACGGUUCAGGAUGAAAUCGCCCAACCCUCUUCUACUUCCGACUUUUGGGCGUCAUCCCCAACCCAACUGCCAACUCCAACCACGCCCUCGGAUCAGGCCCAACCAGGUCCUUCCUCCGCAGGGACGUCGUCUUUCCCCCUGGCCACGCCCUCGGUUACGGAGAACCCCAGCCCGGAGAGGAUUAUGACGUCGUUGAAAAUUCUGAGCACGGCGAUGUCAUGGCGACAACAACAACAACGAAAAUAUUCAGAGAAAAAUAGCAGUCCGCAGAGUUUGUCGGUGCCCUGUCCCAAUUGUCACCAGCAGGUCGUGAUCGACCCUAAAAUUCUGGAUGAGGCGAAAAACCCUCGGAAGCCCACCACCUUAGAAAACAGAAAGAAGGAAAUCGCGUUGCGCUCCCAGGGCAAAGAAUUGCCCGCGUGGCUGCAAGCUUAUCGCUCCGGGCAGACGAUGGACGCGGCCAAGCUGCUUCAUCUGCAAUAUUUUGGGCGCAGCGAGAAUAGCGCUUCCGAGCGCCUAAAGCCCAGCAUCGAGGUUCCCGAGGCCCCCACGUCGUCGUCGGAACAGGGACCCCCGUCAACCGUCGGGCCCGAGAAAAACACGCCGACUCAAGUGUUGGCACUUCCGUUGUAGACAAACAUUUCCAGCUUAUAAUAUAGAAGAUAAAUUUUUUCAUGGACAUAAAACUUAUACUCGAUGUAUGAAUGUACGUAUGUAAAUUUAAUUCACACUGAUACUGAUACUAACAAUUAAUUUAGCUUUAACAAAUUAUAAUAAGCCAUCGAUUAAUUUGCAUAUUAAUAUCUCCACCCAAAACUAUAAACCAGCUCCAAUUUACAAAAUGUAAUGAUUUUUAACGCCAUAUCAAAACACAAAAUGCAUCCACAAAAAUGUUCUUAAACCAAAAUUUAUUACCUUUCUCAAUUAAUUAAUUACAUAAUUUUACUUUUAACAAAACACAAAAUGCACCCACAAAAAAUUCUCUUUAAACCAAAAUUUAUUAAAUUUUCAAUCAGUUACUUUCAUAAUUUUACAUGAAACAAAGCACAAAAUGCAUCCGCAAAAAAUUCUCUUUAAACCAAAAUUUAUUAACUUUUUAAAUCAAUUAACUUCAUAAUUUUACUUUUAACAAAACACAAAAUGCACCCGCAAAAAAUUCUCUUUAAACCAAAAUUUAUUAAAUUUUCAAUCAGUUACUUUCAUAAUUUUACAUGAAACAAAGCACAAAAUGCAUCCGCAAAAAAUUCUCUUUAAACCAAAAUUUAUUAACUUUUUAAAUCAAUUAACUUCAUAAUUUUACUUUUAACAAAACACAAAAUACAUCCGCAAAAAAUUCUCUUCAAACCAAAAUUUAUUAACAAAUUAAUUUCACAAUUUUAUUAACGUCUCCUCCUUCUUGCUAAUUCCUUAUCCUUAAUCACCUUCCGUACCACAAGCCCCGUUCCAACGCCGGCCGCCACCAGCACCGCGGCAGCAAACCCCACCGGCCCCACAAUAGCGAACCCCCCAAGCCCCGGUCGACUGCAGGGACGCGAAUAACGACUCCGCCGCCACAUUUCCGAUUCCCGACUGAAUCCCCGCCGCAAUUCCCGCGCUCGUAAAUCCCGCCGAGCUCAGGGCCGCCGUCGCCACGGUGGGGACCACCACGCCCGCCGCCACGCCAGCCCGGUCGUAAUUACGGCGAUUUCUGCGAUACCAUGCUCUGACGAGGGUUCAAGUUCUGGGGACGUGAAUUUUCCGUGGGUUCGAUUUUUGCAAUUGUCCCGAGAAACGGGGAAAAAGAAAAUCCGGGUAAAUUGGGGCCGAAAAAGGUCCCCCAACGGAGAGCUUACGUUACGAGUGUUCUCCCUAAAAAAUUCGUAAAGUUUGCUCCGAAACGGGGAAUUCUGGAAAGUUUUGAAUAUUUUUGGGAAUUUUCCAGUAUUUUAGAGAAAGUUUCGAAUAGUUUUGGAAAUUUUCCAACAUAUUAGAGGAAGUUUCGAAUACAGUAGUUCUAGGAAUUUUCCAAAAUUUUAGAGAAAGCUUUGAAUAUUUCUGGGAAUUUUCCAAUAUUCCCAGAAACAUUCUAAAAAAAUUUCUACAGUGCGUUUUAAAGUUCUUUUCCGGUUAAUAAGCCUCUUGUCUCGGUUUUCGCCCCUUUUUCUACGGCAACCGCAGUUUGCACUAUAAAUCGAACCUUCGGAAUUUUCCUCUUCCUCCGAGUCUUCGGCGCAUCUUUGUGACACAUUUUUUUCCUGCAAGUUUAACUUAUCAGAUAAUUAAAACCAGUGGCCGCGGAAGGAAGUGUAUGGACAGAGGGACAAUGUCCCCACAUUUACUCGAUGUCCCCAUUAUCUCCCCAUCUCAUACAAACCCAGCCCUCCCCUAUCCUACAAUCGCAAUGUCCCCACAUGUCCCCACGGCUACUGAUUAAAUAGACAUGCUAAGAUGCAGGGUGGUUUAUAUGUCAGGUUACAAUGGAAAAAAUUCCUAAACUUCACGGAUUUGGGAUUGAGAUUUUUACUAAUUUUUAUCAAACCUUAUGGAACACUGAUUACAAAAUUCUUAAAAUAUUGAACUUCAGAGGCAAAAUUUCGGUAACUAAUGGAGACUUGCGAUCAUUGUAACCCGACAUUUAAACCACCCUGUAUUAACCUAUUUAUUUGUGAUAAUCAUACCUUUUUGAUGUUAGAACUCCUAUUCUCCAUCCUGCUCCUGCUGCUUUUGCUUUAUUCCCUUGAAU